AUGAGGACCCUUCACGCCUUCGCUGCGCUUGUGGUGGCCUUGCUCACGGUGUUUGAUGUCUCUCAGGCAGUGACUCUUGAAGUGAGAGAAGGAAACUCCACUUGUAUCAAGGCUGAACUUUCUGCACUUUUCUCCAUCACAUACAACGCCUCCAGCAGCACGCGGACGGCCGUGGUUGCUCUGCCGGACUCUGCCACAGUGGACCCUGAGAGCAGCUCGUGUGGCUCUGAAGGCAGCGCCCCGUGGUUGGUGGCAGUGUUUGGCUCUGGACACGCUCUGGGCCUCAGCUUCUCCUCUAACGGCAGCCUGUACAGCGUCACCAACCUCACGCUUCAGUACAACCUCAGCGACAGCACGGUUUUCCCAGAGGCCAACAGCUCAGAUGUGGUGACAGUGGUGUCGGCCUCAGUGGGGAUCUGGGCCCCCAUGAACUCCACGUAUCUCUGUAUGAGCAGAAUGACAUUCAAACUGGACACAGCCGACGUCACCUUCUCGGACAUGAGGCUGCAGGCGUACAUGAGCGGAGACGAGCUCAGUCCCAACGCGAGUGCUUGCGCGGCGGAUCAGACCACCACUCCAGCACCCCCACAGACCACCACCUCAGCCCCAGUGCCUGUGCCCACCCCUGCAGGGCCCCCAGAACAAGGCAUCUACAAUGUGACCAAUGUGAACAACACGGUCUGUCUGCUCGCUCACAUGGGGCUACAGCUCAACGUCACGUACACAGACGCGCUGAAUAAGACAUUUCAGAAAGUGGUGAAUGUGAACCCAGAACAGACCACGUCAUCUGGAUCCUGUGAAGCCAACACAGCGACUCUGGUGCUCACUCAAGACCAGAGCACUACACUGACCUUCGCCUUCACUCUGAACUCUACGUCAAACCGGUAUCGCCUCAGCACGGUCGGCCUGGUGGCGAACUGGCCUGAUUUGCCUGCAAACUUUACUGCAGUGAACUCCAGUCUGGACUACCUGCGCAGUUCGUACGGACACUCGUACAUGUGCAACGCUGAGCAGACUCUGAACAUUCUGCAGAUAUUUUCUAUCAACACUUUCAAGCUGCAGGUCCAGCCUUUUGGAGUGACAACCACACAGUUCGCUUCAGCGGAGGAAUGUCAGAUUGACCAGGACCAGAUGCUCAUCCCGAUCAUCGUAGGCGCUGCUUUAGCCGGCCUGGUUCUGAUUGUACUUAUUGCUUACCUAAUCGGCCGCAAGAGGAGUCACGCCGGAUAUCAAACCAUCUAG